CUAGUCAAGAGCAGCUGCUGUACCUGGAAAAAGGAAUCGGACAACCUCAACCAUCAGUUUCUCAGGAGUUGUCUGAAAUUGUAUUACGUAAUCUCAUCCUACAAGUGUAUCUUAAUUUGAUCACUGUUGCUGUGAAUUUUCCUACACCUUAGAAAAUGCAGAUUUACAUAAAUUCACUGAAAAUACACACUAACACACUGUUAUAUUAACAGUAUUGCACUUUUCAUGUAACCUACUUUUCACACAGCCAGCUAAUAACUACAGAUAAUUUUUUGCUCGGACCAAUAUAGUUCACAUUAAGAUCCUACAUCUGUAGGUUAUGGAAGUUCACAUUCACCUGUGCCCUCAUGCAGUCUUCAGAUGUGUAUCAAAGUUGAUGUGGGUGGGAACGCUUCUAGCUAUGGUGUACAUUGGCGUGCGGGCUCGCCUCAUGUAUGCACGCAUGCAUCAGUCAGUCUCACGAAUGCUCAUGGAAAUUCUGGUUUGUUUUGUCAGGGAGUGCCUCUUGCAUAUCCCUUGCACUUUGGACCAAAUAUAGAAUAUCUCCACUAAACAACUGUUUUCUACACUUGCUGUAUCCUUUUGUCAAUUAAAUAGAUUGUAUCACCCCUCUUGCUGUUUGUUGUGUUACCUUGCAUUAUUAUUAUUAUCAUAACUUUAUGUAAGCUAUUUUUUUCUUCUUUAUUUCACCUUUAUUUAACCAGGUAGGCUAGUUGAGAACAAGUUCUCAUUUACAACUGCGACCUGGCCAAGAUAAAGCAAAGCAGUGUGACACAAACAACACAGAGUUACACAUGGGAUAAACAAAUGUACAGUCAAUAACACAAUAGAAAAGUCUAUACAGUGUGUGCAAAUGUAAGAUUAGGGAGGUAAUGCAAUAAAUAGGUCAUAGUGGUGAAAUAAUUACAAUUUAGCAAUUAAACACCGGAGUGAUAGAUGUGCAGAAGAUGAAUGUGCAAGUAGCGACACUGGUGUGCAAAGGAGCAACAACAACAAAAAAUAACAUGGGGAUGAGACAGUUGGGUGGGCUAUUUAUAUAUUUGCUGCUCUGACAGCUGAUGCUUAAGAGUUAGUGAGGGAGAUAUGUCUCCAGCUUCAGUGAUUUUUGCAUUUCAUUCCAGUCAUUGGUAGCAGAGAACUGGAAGGAAAGGUGGCCAAAGUAGGAGUUGGCUUUGGAGGUGACCAGUGAUAUAUACCCCUGCUGGAGCACGUGGUACGGGUGGGUGCUGCUAUGGUGACCGAUGAGCUGAGAUAAGGCAGGGCUUUACCUAGCAGACUUAUAGAUGACCUGGAGCCAGUGGGUUUGGCGACGAAUAUGAAGCAAGGGCCAGCCAACGAGAGCAUACAGGUCACAGUGGUGGGUAGUAUAUGGGGCUUUGGUGACAAAACGGAUGGCACUGUGAUAGACUACAUCCAAUUUGCUGAGUAGAGUGUUAUGAGUUUUAUUUUAUUUAUUUUACCUUUAUUUAACCAGGCAAGUCAGUUAAGAACACAUUCUUAUUUUCAAUGACGGCCUGGGAACAGUGGGUUAACUGCCUGUUCAGGGGCAGAACGACAGAUUUGUACCUUGUCAGCUCGGGGGUUUGAACUCACAACCUUCCGGUUACUAGUCCAACGCUCUAACCACUAGGCUGUGUUGUAAAUGUGUUGUAAAUGUGUUGUAAAUGUGUGAGUGUUGUAAAUUACAUCGCUGAAGGAUCACUAGGAUAGUCAGUUUUACGAGGGUAUUUUUGGCAGCGUGAUUGAAGGAUGCUUUGUUGCGAAAUAAGAAGCCGAUUCUAGAUAUAAUUUUGGAUUGUAGAUGCUUAAUGUGAGUCUGGAAGGAGUGUUUACAGUCUAACCAGAGACCUAGGUAUUUGUAGUUGUCCACAUAUUCUAAGUCAGAACCGUCCAGAGUAGCGAAUGCUGGACGGGCGGGCGGGUGCGGGCAGCGAUCGGUUGAAAGGCAUGAAUUUAGUUUUGCUUGCAUUUAAGAGCAGUUGGAGGCCACGGAAGGAGUGUUGUAUGGCAUUGAAGCUCAUCUGCAGGUUAGUUAACACAGUGUCCAAAGAGGGGCCAGAAGUAUACAGAAUGGUGUCGUCUGCGUAGAGGUGGAUCAGAGAAUCACCAGCAGCAAGAGCAACAUCAUUGAUGUAUACAGAGAAGCCCAAGUCAUGUCUCACUUUACUCUUGUAAAACAGUCAUCAUAAUUUGACAUAGCAUAUUUUAUAAAUCCAACUGUAUAUAAAACAUCUCAAAGAGUUUUUAAUUGCUUUUUUCACCUUCAACUUUAUUUGCUACUUGUUCUUUUUUACUUUUUAUUUGGCAUUUGAUUCUUGAUUGAUAUUGAUAUUGUACUUAAUUGUUGAGGAGAGUUAGCGAGUAAGCGUUUCACUACUGUUUACACCUGUAUCCAAUAAACUUUGAUUUGAUUCGAUUUUGAUACAAUCAUCAUAGUCUCUAGUAAAAUAUAUAUAUAUAUUUUUACUUGAUGAAUUUGUUCCGAAUUUCAAUAUCAACAACAAUUUGAUGGGGAAACAGAUGUAUUUUAUUUUAUUUGUCUUUUUUCAAAAUGUUAUGAAAUGCUGAUGGACUGUUUCAUAAUUUUCAUAAUCUGGCGUUAUGAAACUAAUUAUAACUUGAUUGAUGAUUUCCGACUGUAACUGGGAAGUAUUUACUUUCUUAUACAUUACCCUCCCUUUUCUCUUAUCAGCUAAGCCCAUGUUUACACAACCACAUAAAAAGCAAACCAGAAAUAAGUCACAAACACACACACACCACGGGUACAAAUACGCACCCUGGGUCCCUCCUUGUCUUGGCUACUGAGAUACGUGAUGUCGUGAGAGAGCUGUCUGUUGAAUCUGACAAUUAAUCUUAAUGGUUGAAUAGUCGUCUCAAAUAAAACUGUUAAGGACCUCGACGUUACUCUGGUACCCUGAUCUCUCUUUUGACGAACAUAUCAAGACUGUUUCAAGGACAGCUUUUUUUCCAUCUACGUAACAUUGCAAAAAUCAGAAACUUUCUGUCCAAAAAUGAUGCAGAAAAAUUAAUCCAUGCUUUUGUUACUUCUAGGUUAGACUCCUGCAAUGCUCUACUUUCCGAUUCCGGCAACCCGGAUGUAGCACUAAAUAAACUUCCGUUAGUGCUAAAUACGUCUGCUAGAAUCCUGACUUGAACCAAAAUAUUUGAUCAUAUUACUCCAGUGCUAGCCUCCAUACACUGGCUUCCUGUCAAGGCAAGGGCUGAUUUCAAGGUUUUACUGCUAACCUACAAAGCAUUACAUGGGCUUGCUCCUACCUAUCUCUCUGAUAUGGUCCUGCCGUACAUACCUACACGUACGCUACGGUCACAAGACGCAGGCCUCCUAAUUGUCCCUAGAAUUUCUAAGCAAACAGCUGGAGGCAGAGCUUUCUCCUAUAGAGCUCCAUUUUUAUGGAAUGGUCUGCCUACCCAUGUGAGAGACGCAGACUCGGUCUCAACCUUUAAGUCUUUACUGAAGACUCAUCUCUUCAGUUGGUCAUAUGAUUGAGUGUAGUCUAGCCCAGGAGUGUGAAGGUGAACGGAAAGGCUCUGGAGCAACCGCCCUUGCUGUCUCUGCCUGGCCGGUUCCCCCCUUUCCACUGGGAUUCUCUGCCUCUAACACUAUUACAGGGGCUGAGUCCCUAGGAGGGGUGCGUCACUUGAGUGGGUUGAGUCCCUGAUGUGAUCUUCCUGUCUGGGUUGGUGCCCCCCCUUGGGUUGUGCCGUGGCGGAGAUCUUUGUGGGCUAUACUCGGCCUUGUUUCAGGAUGGUAAGUUGGUGAUUGAAGAUAUCCCUCUAGUGGUGUGGGGGCUGUGCUUCGGAAAAGUGGGUGGAGUUAUAUCCUUCCUGUUUGGCCCUGUCUGGGGAUAUCAUCGGAUGGGGCCACAGUGUCUCCUGACCCCUCCUGUCUCAGCCUCCAGUAUUUAUGCUGCAGUAGUUUAUGUGUCGGGGGGCUAGGGUCAGUUUGUUAUAUCUGGAGUACUUCUCCUGUCUUAUCCGGUGUCCUGUGUGAAUUUAAGUAUGCUCUCUCUAAUCCUCUCUUUCUUUCUCUCUCUCUCUCUCGGAGGACCUGAGCCCUCGGACCAUGCCUCAGGACUACCUGGCAUGAUGACUCCUUGCUGUCCCCAGUCCACCUGGCUGUGCUGCUGCUCCAGUUUCAACUGUUCUGCCUGCGGCUAUGGAAUCCUGACCUGUUCACUGGACGUGCUACCUGUCCCAGACCUGCUGUUUUCAACUCUCUGGAGACAGCAGGAGUGGUAGAGAUACUCUUAAUGAUCGGCUAUGAAAAGCCAACUGACAUUUACUCCUGAGGUGCUGACUUGCUGCACCCUUGACAACUACUGUGAUUAUUAUUAUUUGACCAUGCUGGUCAUUUAUGAACAUUUGAACAUCUUGGCCAUGUUCUGUUGUAAUCUCCACCUGGCACAGCCAGAAGAGGACUGGCCACCCCUCAUAGCCUGGUUCCUCUCUAGGUUUCUUCCUAGGUUUUGGCCCUUCUGGGGAGUUUUUCCUAGCCGCCGUGCUUCUACACCUGCAUUGCUUGCUGUUUGGCGUUUUAGGCUGGGUUUCUGUACAGCACUUUGAGAUAUCAGCUGAUGUACGAAGGGCUAUAUAAAUACAUUUGAUUUGAUUCAUAAUGCUGACAAACUGGUGACUCCAGCUCUCUCUGCUUGUUUUCUCAAUGUGUAUUAGCAUGAAUUGUCAUCCGUCACCUUUCCUUUUCUCUAAAGAGACAGCUGUGGUCAUUCCUGAGCAAAGUAUGAGGUGUUACCCUGAGUCAACAUAGUUGGGCCUUUGCCAUUACUAGUUUAUGGUGUUGACUGUGAAGGACUGCGUUCCAGACAUAUUUUACGUAUAUUGGUAUGUGAUACUCUGGAUGUGUUUGUUUAGGAAGUGUAGAAUAGAAAUAUGUUGUCUUGUCUUUAUGAAAGAUAUAAUUGAGUAUGUGUGUGAUUACUGAAAUGUUUUGAAGAGAUUGCUUCCCAGCAGCAAAUGUUAGAGGGUGCAGGGAAAUGCUUGUGUUAUAGAGCCUAACAAUGCAGCAAAAAAGUCUCACAAGUAGGUCUACAUAAAUAAUCAUAAAAAACAAGAAAUCACGACCGUCAGAACGAAUCCAGUUGACAACCCAAAUAACACUGUAUAAGUAAUCCAAAUGCAAUCUUUGCCUAUAUACACCAAAAAUAUAUAGACUACUUAGAAUGAUAUGUAGAGACCUACAGCAGUCAGGGGGACAGGAAACAUUAUGGCGAGGGGGAGGCGGUAUUUGUCACAGCACUUUUUAAUCAAGUGUAGAAGCAACUGAUUUAGUUUAAUAAAAUAUAUCGACGCUUAGUAUUCAAAAGAUUUGUCAACUCGCAGAACAUUUUUAUGUCCUUCAUAUCGGAGUGCUGCUGCAGCGCUUUGCGUGUCUUGAUUCACGAAAAUCGCAGGUCGCGCGAUAGCUCAAGGCGCGCUCUCUAAUUUCCUCUGGUAUUUAGCAAGCUUGAUAACACAUCACUCCCCCUACACAAGCAAAAACUGUUACAUAAAUGUUGACACAAGAAAAAACGUUUACAAAAAUGUAGAAUUCUUAAUACCUGAACAUUAGCGAUCUGACAUGACGUAUUGCAUUGAAACGAUACUAUUUUUCGGUCUGAUCAACUCUAGAUUGGGCUACUAACAGCAGCAUCUGUUAGCCUACAAUGCGCUCUGUCCCUCUGGCCAGGGUAAACGAAGCGGUUUUAAACGUUGUAUAUGUAUAGCCCAUUUGUUUGUGAGAACGUGAAUGGGAUUACAUGUGGUUUAUAUUAAAAACUGGGCUGACUAGGCUAUCUGUACUUUUUUGAUCCAAAAUGAUUAACGGGAAUGAAUAAACACAAUAGCUGUUAUAGACUGUGAAUACAUUUUUAAUUAGGCCUACCAUUGGACAGUACAAACACGAUGCAAACCUGCACAAAGCAAGCUCAGCCAUGUGCGUUUUAUUGUCCAAUCAUGUUGCUUUCUCUGUGUCUGUGUCUAGGAACCCCCCAUAGUCAAUUAAAACGUAAUUCAUAUAUAAUUCAUAUGAACAAAUACAAGGUUGCUGUAGUUUGACAGGGUUUCCAUCCUCGUCAAGGCCAGAAGUUAAAAAACAACAUUUGACAUGAUUAGGAAAACUCUGGUCCCAUCAUAGCCCAUAUGAAACCUUUUUAUAACAGGUUGAUUACGUCAUACCAUUUAAGGUCCGGAGUUUUACCUGAUUAGGUUACCAGAUCAAAUAAAUAUAGUCAUUUUUAUACAGUCCUUUCAAUUUAUCAAAUUUUCUAUUGAAAUCCACUUAAAUUACAUGUAAAUCAUAGUCCUGAAAUAUCAGUUUGAAGAUGAUCUCAAUCAUUGGGGUUGUGCUCUAGAUACGAAUGAGAGCAAUUGAAAGAUAGUUUUAUUUUGUGAAAAUGAGGCAAUAAUUAAGAAUUGCUUAUUUGCCCAUGCUUAUUUGCCAAUGUCCUGGUUGAACCAUUCAUGCACACGCUUUGCACAAUUUAACAGCAUGGCUCGGUUUGGGAGGCGCCCAUACUGUCAUAGGAAAGAUCUCAAGUAUAUAUCCUCGCGUCCUCUCGCCUCGCCUCCUUCUCAAAACCCAUUGGAUGAGAAAGCCAGAGGUCCCGCCCCUCUGACCUUCUCCUCCAAUGGGUUUUGAGAAGGAGACCGAGGAGAGAUGACGCGAAGAGUAUGUAUUGAGAUUUCUCCAUAGCCGCUUCUCUUAUUCAACACCGGUAGUAUAAAUUCAUUGGCCAAAGCGGAUCGUUGGUCACACGCGUGGUUUGGUUCGGUCUUUUCUAGUACAAGACUGGAGAGGACUGUAGAAAUUUCAAAGUUUACAGGCGGUAGUGCACUUCUUUUGACGAGAAUCCCUUUGGUCAGAAGUAACUCAAUCAAGUUUGCAGAUGCCACAACAGUGGUGUGCUUGAUUUACCAACAAUGAUGAGAUAACCUACAGGGAGGAGGUGAGGGGAGUGGUUCCAGGGAAAUAACCCCUCCCUCAACGUCAACAAAAGGAAGGAGCUGAUCGUGGACUUCGGGAGACAGUAGAGAGAGCACACCCCCAUCCACCCCGACAGGGCAGCAGUGGAGAGGGUGGAAGGCAUCAAGUUCCUCGGCGUGCACAUCACUGACAACCUGAAAUGGUUCAUCCACACAGAGAGUGUGGUGAAGAAGACGCAACAGCCCCUAAGACCCAACGGCUUGGACCUUAAGACCCUCACAAACUUCUACAGAUGCACCAUUGAGAGCAGCCUGUCAGGCUGUAUCACCUCCUGGUACAGCAAUUGCACCGUCCGCAACCGCAGGGCUCUCUACACUGCCUGCCUUACAAGACAUCUACAGCACCCGGUGUCACAGGAAGGCCAAGAAGAUCAUAAAGGACCUCAGCCACCCGAGACAGUACAGGUGCAUCAAAGCUGGGACCAAGAGACUGAAAAACAGCUUCUAUCUCCAUGCCAUCAGACUAUUAAAUAGUCACCACUAGCCGGCCUCCAUCCAGUACCCUGCCCUGAACCUUAGUCACUGUUACUGGCCGACUACCACCUGGUACUCAACCCCGCACCUUGGAGACUGCUGCGCUAUGUACAUCGUCAUUGAAGACUGGUCUCACCCCUGCAGAUAAUGACCGAUCGAGCCAAUCACAUCAGCGUCGCCAUGACUGAAGCCGUCACGUCCACCAACGGGACGCCCAGGACCAAGGUCAUAACCAGCAGCACCAUGGUGGAGCUGAACAAGCUGCAGCCCCGGGGCUCCACGGUCAGCUUCCACAGCAUACAGUACAAGGUGAAGCUGAAGACUGGACCGCUCUGCAAGAGGAAGAACACUGCCAGGGAGAUACUGGUGGACCUCAAUGGCAUCAUGAGACCGGGUCUAAAUGCUAUUCUAGGACCCACUGGGAGUGGAAAGUCCUCGUUCCUGGACGUUCUAGCAGCCAGGAAGGACCCCUCUGGUCUCUCAGGGGAGGUGCUGAUCGACGGGGCGCCACAACCACCCAACUUCAAGUGCCUCUCCGGCUAUGUUGUCCAGGACGACGUGGUGAUGGGGACUCUGACGGUGAGGGAGAACCUGCGAUUCUCUGCAGCGCUGCGUCUGCCCCGCUCUGUGCCCCAGAAAGAGAAGGACACCAGGGUCAACGACCUCAUCACCGAGCUAGGCCUGACCAAGGUGGCUGAUGCUAAGGUUGGUACCCAGAUGAUCCGGGGGAUUUCUGGAGGGGAGAGGAAGAGGACCAACAUCGGCAUGGAGCUCAUCAUCGACCCCUCUGUUCUCUUCUUGGAUGAACCCACCACGGGCCUGGACGCUAGCACCGCUAACUCUGUCCUGCUGCUGCUCAAAAGAAUGGCCAAUCAGGGACGCACCAUCAUCAUGUCCAUCCACCAACCGCGUUACUCCAUAUACCGGCUGUUCGACUCCCUGACCCUGCUAGUUAGCGGCAAACAGGUGUACCAUGGGCCGGCCCAGAAUGCACUGGACUAUUUCGCCGACAUAGGUUACGCCUGCGAGGCCCACAACAACCCAGCCGACUUCUUCCUAGACGUCAUCAACGGAGACUCUACUGCCACUGCUAUGAACAAGAUUCAGGGAGAAGACAUUGACUUUGAGGAGCUGAGUGGCUCCAGGCAGACCAUCGAGGAGCGUCUAGUGGAGGAGUACAGGAACUGCUCCUACUUCAGAGACACCCAGGUCGAGCUGGAGAGGAUCACCCAGGGAAAGCAGUACACCACCAAGCCCACGUCCCGUACCAUCACCUACAACAGCUCCUUCUUCACCCAGCUCCACUGGGUCCUAGGCAGAACCUUCCGGAACCUAGCGCUGAACCCCCAGACCUCCGUCGCACAGCUGGGAGUCACCAUUUUUCUGGCUCUUAUUGUGGGUGCCAUUUUCUUCGGGGUGAAGGACAACCAGAGUGGAAUACAGAACAGGAUUGGUGCUCUUUUCUUCAUCACCACCAACCAAUGUUUCAGCACGCUGUCCGCUGCAGAACUCUUCAUCACAGAGAGGAAGCUGUUUGUCCAUGAGUACAUCAGCGGGUACUACAGAGUCUCAGUCUACUUCCUGUCCAAGAUCCUGUCUGACAUCAUCACCCUGCGCACCAUCCCCGCCAUCGUCUUCAGCUGCGUGGCCUACUUCAUGAUUGGUUUUAAAACCACUCCAGCAGCCUUCUUCAUCUUCAUGUUCACCGUAACCCUGGUGGCCUACACAGCCACCGCCAUGACCAUGGCCAUCUCUGCCGACCAGAGUGUGGUGGCAAUGGCCAACAUCUUCAUGACCAUUAGCUUCGUCUUCAUGAUGAUUUUCUCAGGUCUGCUGGUGAACCUGCCCAGUAUCAUGAACUGGCUGGCCUGGUUGAAGUACCUCAGUAUCCCUCGCUACGGUCUAACAGCCCUGGAGAUCAACGAGUUUGUGGGGCUGAAGUUCUGUGAGGACCCUGCCGUUCGCACCACCAUGUCUCCUGGCUCUGGCAUGAUGACCAACUGCAGUAUGAACACUACUCACACUCUCGGGAUAACGUGCACAGGGGAACAAUACCUGGACUACCUAGGAAUAGAAUACACUACAUGGGGCCUAUGGGAAAACCACGUUGCCUUGGCAAUAAUGACACUCAUUUUCCUGGUCAUCGCCUAUCUGAAGCUGCGGUUUAUUAAGAAGUUCACAUAAGAAGUGUCUUACUUUGCCUUACAAUUCACUCCUCUGUGGUUAUAUCAAUGACAAACUGCCCGUAGUUUCUCUCAACAUACAUAUGUUAUAACAUGAAGCAGUGUGCCUAUGGUUUGCACUGAGACAGGUUAAAUGGGUAGUUCCGCCAAAUUACAUAUUCACGUAUUAAUUUCCUGGACAAGUGGAGACUGCAAUCCACGCUUUGGCUUUGCUGAACUUGCUACACUAGCACUGUAAAUGAGUAAUUUGGCUGAACUGUCACUCUAACGUUCAAUAUCUAUGCAUGAAUGUACAUUUUCACCACAUGAAUAUUAAUGUGGAAUCUUUGCCCUCCAGUAGUCAUUGUUCUCAUGUUGACUGCUGUGUUUAUUUGGUAGCGUUUGUUCCAGUCUAGUACCAGACUGUCUUGGUAUUUAGUUAAUCCGUUUCUAUUUAUAGAGGAACUGAAGUCAUUUAUUUGAAAAAAUUAUGAUGUUGAAUUAUGUAAAAAAUUAUGAAUGACUUUUAUUAGUGCUUUUUUUGUUUGUUUCUAUUGUGUUUAUUACCUUUUUAUCUAUACUAGGUUUUUGGAAACAAUGCUUUUAUAAACAUUUUCAUGUAA